AUGCGAUCAUAUUCAGUAGGGACUAAAUCCCAUCCCAGAGCUGCAAACUCCCAGAGCUGCAAACCCCCAGAGCUGCAAACUCCCAGAGCUGCAAACUCCCAGAGCUGCAAACCCCCAGAGCUGCAAACCCCCAGAGCUGCAAACUCCCAGAGCUGCAAACCCCCAGAGCUGCAAACUCCCAGAGCUGCAAACUCCCAGAGCUGCAAACUCCCAGAGCUGCAAACCCCCAGAGCUGCAAACUCCCAGAGCUGCAAACUCCCAGAGCUGCAAACCCCCAGAGCUGCAAACUCCCAGAGCUGCAAACUCCCAGAGCUGCAAACCCCCAGAGCUGCAAACUCCCAGAGCUGCAAACUCCCAGAGCUGCAAACCCCCAGAGCUGCAAACUCCCAGAGCUGCAAACCCCCAGAGCUGCAAACUCCCAGAGCUGCAAACUCGCAGAGCUGCAAACUCCCAGAGCUGCAAACUCCCAGAGCUGCAAACUCCCAGAGCUGCAAACUCCCAGAGCUGCAAACUCCCAGAGCUGCAAACUCCCAGAGCUGCAAACUCCCAGAGCUGCAAACUCCCAGAGCUGCAAACCCCCAGAGCUGCAAACUCCCAGAGCUGCAAACCCCCAGAGCUGCAAACCCCCAGAGCUGCAAACCCCCAGAGCUGCAAAGUCCCAGAGCUGCAAACUCCCAGAGCUGCAAACUCCCAGAGCUGCAAACCCCCAGAGCUGCAAACUCCCAGAGCUGCAAACCCCCAGAGCUGCAAACCCCCAGAGCUGCAAACUCCCAGAGCUGCAAACCCCCAGAGCUGCAAACUCCCAGAGCUGCAAACUCCCAGAGCUGCAAACCCCCAGAGCUGCAAACUCCCAGAGCUGCAAACCCCCAGAGCUGCAAACUCCCAGAGCUGCAAACUCCCAGAGCUGCAAACCCCCAGAGCUGCAAACCCCCAGAGCUGCAAACUCCCAGAGCUGCAAACUCCCAGAGCUGCAAACUCCCAGAGCUGCAAACUCCCAGAGCUGCAAACCCCCAG